CAUAAAUAUUUCUGUUUCUACAAUUUUCAAUAUUUAUUUAUUUCAUAAGAAAUUUUUAAAAUGCAUCACUUUAAUGCAAGCAGUAACGUAAAAAUUGUGGAUGCAAGUUUAGUAAAUAAGAUAUUAGAACAAGGUCAAAAAUUAAGAAAUGCCAUGGUUGGAUCAAUUUUAAAAAAUGAUCCCUUCAAUAUAGAUAUUAUGUACAAUAAACACUUUAACACUCCUAGAACAAGUAGCAAUGAUUUAAUUAAUAAUACAAUAAUUGACCCACUAACUUCAGUUGAUGAAAAAAGACUAGAAGCAUAUCUUAAAGGUGAAUACAUGACAAAAAAUGAAGAAAAAUUAGCUCUAGAUACUUUGCGGUCAAUGUCUGCACCAGAUUUGUGUAAAACUACUGAGAGAACAUUAAAUUCUACUUGUUUAAGUACCUGCAAGUGUUAUAUUUGUGAAAUAUAUAAUUCAAAUAAUUUAUAUUGUGACCUAAAAAGAAAAAAUAAAGUUGUAGAUAAUACCAACCCAUCAUAUCCAUCUAGUGAAAUAACCAAAGACAUCCAAGAAAAAUAUAAAAAUGAAAACAAAAACUUGCUGAGAUAUGUAGAUUCUUUGAAAGUGGUAGUAAAUAGUCUUAUGUUAAACGAAAUCGGUAAUCGAAAAGUAUCGGACAGUGAUAAAGUGCCUUAUAAUUUUAGUCAGACAUAUUUUUUAGAGUACUAUUUACCUGAUUGCAUUAUUAAUAAGAGUACCACAAGUAAGUCUAAAGUGAAUUCUGGUUUAGAAAAUAACUUCGUUAGGUUCUGCUCCAGAAGGAGUAAUGAUUCGAUAAAUUUCAAACAAAUAACAAUCCAUGAUAUCAAGAAUUUGGAUAUAUGCAAUUUAGAUGAUUAUGAAGUUAAAUUUAAAAUAAGCUACAGAACUCAAAAACAGAAGAACGCGUCAACUUUAGGAUUUGCUAAGUUCAAUUUAGGCUCCUUUCUUUUAUCAAAAAAUUUAGUAUGCACCAGAAAUUUACCCGUUUUUUUAAAUGAAUGUUCACCCAUCGUCAUUGGCCAUUUGAAAGUUUCACUUUCAUUAGGGUGUGGAAGGUUAUACUUUGGACAAGAAUUUAUAGAUGCCAUAAAUUCCGUUAACGGAAACCCAGUUGUAUUAGAUAGUGACGACAGCACAAACCAGUUGAACAGAGAAGAAUUUUUCUAUAAUAUUAUAUCACAAAAUGAUGAUUUGUCAAAAGACAGUAAUUUGAAAAAAUAUCCAGUUAAAGAUAAAAACACUGUGGAAACAAAUCAACAGACCAUCAGGGAAAUUGCACCCAAAAAAAGUACAACAUGUAAGAAACAAGAAAUAAAUGAAAAUAAUUUCCCAAAAUCAGCAGCGUUAAAGACAACUAAAUUGACCGAAAAAACAGAAAAGCUUGCACAAAACAGUACAAUACAAAAUAUUAAUGUAAGAGAAUAUAAUAAAAAUGAAUACAAAACGAGCAAAUAUGAAAUUAGUGACCCAGUAAAUAAAAAAGUUUUAAAACCACAAAUUAGCGACAAUGAGAAGCAGAUAUUAUUUGGAUUUCUCUACAUAUCAGAAGUGCAGUUUUUAAGCCCUCCUAUAAAUACAUACAUUACUUGUAGACCUUUUGGUCAGAGUGAAACAUCUUGUAGCAAAUUGAUUACUGAUACGUCAAACCCUGUUUUUAAUUUUUCCCAGUUAGUCCCCUUACUAUAUGAAGAUGAGCUGCUUCAAUUGUUACGAGAAAACUAUAUGGUCAUUGAAUUUUGGAAGAAAAUAGAAUCAACGGAUCUCAUAAUUGGUUUAACGAAAAUUCCUCUACAUCAGUUUUAUCUUGCUUACAGGAAUCCUGUUUUUGUAAAAUACCUUUCUAAAAACAAGUUGCCCAUAAUUGACACAGAUUGGUGGGAACCAAUUUACAGUGUGGAUACAGACAAUAUUAUAGGACAAGUUCAGAUUCUUUCCGCACUCGGUACAGAAGAACAAAUUAGUAAUUUAAAAUCGGAAAGGGGUUUCGCAGACAACAUUGUAAAAGCAAAAUUGUUUACUUCCCAAUCCCAGUAUAAAUGUGAACAACAAACUACGGAAAAACAACAUACAGAACCAAAUCGUGUUUAUAAAUUUAAACAUGAAAACAAUAUAAGAGACAUUUUGCUGUCAAAAAACAGGAACAAAUUUAUACACAAUGUUACUAAUAGAAGUUCCGAUUUAAAUAAAUUGGAAGGUACUAAAGGAUUAUCUUCGGAGCUUGAAGAAAAGGACAAACAUAACUUUGCAGAUAAAGCAGUCAAUACCGUUGUAUCUCCUAAGAAAGUGUUUACUCCUCCCAUACAAAAAUUUGAUGUUGGUACCCAGUUAAACUUAAAAAUGGAUGAAGUGCCCAACACACAAGAUAAAGACAAAAUUAGCCCGACGCAAGAAAUGUUGGGAAAUUUUUUGAAUCAGCUGUUGGUUCAAAGGCAAAAGAAUGUUUUUGUAGAAAACAGUACAAAUACCGAUGCAUUGGAAACCAGCAGAAGCAAUUGCAGUAAAAGUUUACAAGACGCUCAGAAUAAUACAAAUUUGAAAUUAAGGAAAACCACUGACCUACUAGACUCUCUACAAAAAGCGUUAUCUCUGGAUGGCCCACUAAAUAUUAAAAGCAGUGAAAAGAAACCAGGGACGUUUAAAGCAAGUAUAGCAAUAAAUAGUGCCAAUCAUUUACCUAGUAGAAAAAAAUGUAAGUCCAAGAAAUCUAGAAAUAGGUCAAUUAAAAAUGAAGAUAAUGUUUUACCCAGCUGUUACGUUACUUUUGAAACAUCGGAGAACGAUCUUAAAAUUACACCAGUUGUUGGGAAAACAACUAAUCCUGCUUGGAAUUUUAAAUGUGAAGAAAAUUUAUCAGUAGACCUCUUGACAAAUGGUCAAAGGCGUUUAAUUUUCAAAGUCUGGAGAAAGGCUACUAAUGCGGUAUUAUCACCGAAUAUGCAAACUGACGUCGUACUUGGUUUUGCAGCCGUUGACUUAACUAUACUUUUGGCAGGAUUCCCUAACGUAAAGGGUUGGUUUAAUAUCAUUGACUUUACGGGAAAGUGUAAUGGACAAAUAAACAUUCACAUUAUGCCGUUAGAAGACAUCUCGAAAUAUACACUGCGGAAGGAGGAGUGCAGCUGUAAUGCAUCCACCGAAAACGUAGAAACAAAGACAUCCAAACCAGAAGACGAACCUUCCGAGGUGUUCUCAAGGGCUCUUAAAAGGAAAUUUACAGAACUAGAUGAAAUCACGCAAAGGUUAAGGUUACGUUUGUCAAAAGUUACUAACGACGAUUCUGACAGUUCUAGUGAUGGAGUUGCAGAAGAUUUUGAAAGAGACAUUAACACAUUGUGUAUCGAAGAGGAUUUUGAUCUUAUCGAUUUCGAAGAAGAAGCGAAGAAAUUAAAUAUCAGUCAUAGUAAGGAAAAUGAGAUGAAUUGUGAGAGUUCAACAAGCAAAUCGCUGCCGCUGUUGACUAUAAAAGAAAAAGGUUGUGAUCCAAAAGAAGGUGCAGAUAAAAAUAUAAUUAGCAGUUCAAAUACAGCGUCAUCUCUAACUCAGGAUAAUGGCAGCAUAUUAGGAUUGAGUAGUAACUCAGAGAGGGAGAAGGAGUUAUCGACCUUGGAUAAACACCUGCAGGAGGGAAAACAGAAAAUAGACACUCUAUUAGAAAAGCUGUCGUUAAUUUCAGCAGACACGAAUAAUACCUUUGCUAGCCGCUAUGUAUCGGGAUGUUCCUUAAAUAACGACUACAGUGCGAUAAACAUAGACACGGAAGCUAUUUUAAAGGAAUUGGAUCAUUCGUCUCGUCCCAACAUACAGUCAUCUUUGGGAUUCGAACCGUUGAGAUUUCAGCAAUUAUAUGGAGGUUCUUGUGAUGCCGGCUCUUCGAAAAAUAAUAGCGGGUCCAGUAUUUCGCAUACCUCGAAUAGUGAUACAAGUUUAAUUACAAACUUCUCCGAUUGUAGGCCUGCACCUGAUGGGCAGGGGAAUGUUUUAGAUGAAAAAAUAGUUAAGAAGUAAUAAUUUGUGUGCUUUCAUUAUUUCCGUUUUAAUGUCAGUAUUUUAUAUAGUUAAGACUUAAACGUAAUGGAGUCGUAAAUACAUAUAUCGCUGGUUUUAUUUGUUAAAUUUGAUUAUAUUUUUAGGUAAAACUUGUUAAUAGUAUUUAAUGAUUUAUU